AGCACUCAAACGUUUGUCCAGCAACGCGAUCAUUUCAAUCUCAGCAGCCGCUGCCAAAGCGUGUGUAAACAAAUUGUCUGCCGUUUCAAAUACAAGUACAAAUUUCUUUACUGGCAUACCAACAUUCGUGUCAAAUAAAAAAGCAUUCGCAAAUCAAAAUAAUGAAAGACUUCUCAACAAUUGUUUCCCCGGCUCGGAAUUUGCUGGUUGACGUGUGACAGUAAAAGCAGCAAAAUAUAGCAAGAACAUAAAAUCAACUGACUCUACAUCAGCGAGAGAGGCUACUAGAGGCUAAACUGCGGAAUUACUGAAUUCAAAAUAUAAACAAGAGUUGACCGCGUUCAUGGUGCACCGACUCGGGACUUACGACCAAAGCGUUAAUAUCUUAUAUUACGGCGCACUAUGAGAGGUAUACGUGCAAAUGAUCGAUUGGCCAUGUCAUGCGGUGAGCUCUACGCCGUCAUCUCGCGCACAUCGCAGACUUCAGUCAAGUCAACGGCGAUCACCAAUGAAACGAAUGAGCGGGUGCCUUUGUUAAAGGACAGCAAAAGCUAUGGUGGCACCUCAACGACGACAAUCUGUAAGAGUGGAGCUGGUAGCAGCUAUUACAGCGAUAACGAUAGCCGCAGUAUUAAAGGCGACUAUGAUGACAUCACUAGCUCGGGAUCUAGGAAGCAGCGCUCGGACUGCUGUGCAUAUAUGAAAAUUAUGACAUUUGUUUCGAUUCUAGGUGGUUGUUGUGUUAUUGCCACUUAUCUCUUAAUUGCUGAAUCGCGCUCGCCUAUUGUAGAAUUCUCGUUGGAUCUGGUACAUCGUGACUUAUGGAGUAAUGUUUCCACACCAAUCGCAGACUCUCUAAAUUACUAUGACGUGGAAAAUAUUGUGAUAAUGCAGACUGGUGGCUUAAGUUGUGUCGAAUUUCAAAAAUGCUUACAAACUCUGCGUGAACUUCAAAGAGAGUACCAAGAAAAACAAGGUAUUAUACAGGAGCUUCCAUUUAACUUUCUGAUCGGCGGAGAUCGGCAAACUUAUGAGGCACGCGGUUGGAAUUAUGAAAGUGGUCUGCCUUUGGUGCAACAGAAUGCCUCGUUGGUUAUCGCCUUCAUAGGCAACUACACAAUUUUGGCGCCCAGUUCGCUGCAGUUACGCUCUGCUGUUUCGCUUAUUGCCGAGUCAGUGCGCCGAAAGAAGCUCCAAAGCCAGUAUAAAAUUUUCGGUCUGCGAAAUUUGACAAACGGCCAAAAUGAUGGAAAGGCGCUCUUUGGUGCUAUUGGUCAGUGGCAGCAGUUUGCAGGACUGAUCUGACUAUGAACUCUACUAGUAGGUGUAAUCGAUGUCCGAAUGUAAAUGUGCUGAUUCUCAGCUGACAUUUUGCGCUUCAACGCAAGCACGAAAAACGAAUUUAAAUCGAAAAUGUGUUAGUAUUUUAAGAAAUAAGGAAAUCAU